CCAAAAAGGAAAAGGUUUGUUCUUUCCUUAUCAAGUCGUCUUGAACUCACUGCUUCUAGUUGUGGUAACCAUUCCAGAAAAGAAAAUGGCAUUGGAAAGGGAGAAGGAUGUCAACUGUUUGAUGUGCUGAUUCUCUGUUGACAGCAACUGCUGUUGCUCUGCCUCCCCACCAGAUUUUUCCUGUGAAUCUGAAUUCUCAAUUCAAGGUUCACGUGCUUGCUUCUCGAUCAAGAACUUCUUCGUUCAUUCAGAGCGAAGCAAAUCCAGGUUUCCGCGUAAUCUCCUUAUCUUGGGCUCGGGAAUCUGCCUUUUGCUUUCUUGGGAGCUUGGGAUUAAGUGGCGGGAUAGGUUCUGAAUGAUUUGCAUAAAAAUUGUACGGGAGUGUUGAGUAGGAGGAACAUGGAGCCUCCAAGGGGAGUUCUUACUUCUCUAUGGCAUUUCAUUUGCUUCUUGCCUUACUUCACUGGGCUUUUACUGCUGGGCACUAUUAAAGGUAUCAUUUUCUGCCCUUUGGCAUGUCUAAUCUUGACUGUCGGAAAUUCUGGUAUCACAUUGGGUCUUUGGCCAGUGCAUGCCUUCUGGACAUGCUAUUCUGUUUUUAGAGCUCAACAAUUAGGCCCCAUCCUGAAGCUCAUUAUCUUCAUAUGCAUACCUGCUCCCUUAAUUGUGUGGCCGGUAGUCGCCAUUGCUGGAAGUUUCAUAGGUGGAGCUGCAUAUGGCUUUUUCUCACCAAUAUUUGCCACUUUUGAAGCAAUUGGAGAAGGAAAGGACAAUAAAUGUUUCCACUGCUUUCAUGAUGGAACUUGGAGCACCAUACAAGGGAGCUUCACAAUUGUCAGAGACUUUUGGGAUUGUUGCUUCCAUUCCUACUUCUCGCUUAUGGAUGACCUGCGGCAUCAAGAACCUCCAGAAAGGAAAUACCAUGAGAUUAGAGUGUUAUAUCUUCCAGGUGCUAUUCUAGCUGGAGUGAUCGGCUUCAUGGUUGACAUGCCUAUGAUUUCAGUAAUUGCAAUGUGCAAAAGCCCUUACAUGCUCUUCAAGGGUUGGCAUCGUCUCUUCCAUGAUCUCAUUGGUCGUGAAGGCCCUUUCCUGGAAACAAUAUGUGUUCCAUUUGCGGGCCUAGCUAUCAUACUCUGGCCAAUGGCUGUUGUUGGAGCACUCUUGGGAUCCAUUGUGUCAAGUAUGUUUCUCGGUGCCUAUGCUGGGGUUGUUGCUUAUCAGGAAUCUUCAUUGUGGUUGGGGCUUUGCUACAUUAUUGCAUCCCUGUCCUUUUAUGAUGAGUACAGCAAUGACGUUCUUGAUAUGCCAGAAGGGUCCUUGUUUCCUAGACCGAACUAUAGGAGGAAUCCCCAGCUAGCAAGGACCAGCUCUUUCGUGACUUCUCUCGCUGGGUCCAGUUCUACUAGGAAUCCUCCAUCUCGCACAGUUUCAUUUAAAAGUGCUGUGGUCGAUUUGAAGCCACUGGAGUUGCUUCGUUACAUAUUCAAAGAGAUUCAACGCCAUGGAGAGCGCAUGGUCUCUGAAGGACUGAUAACAUCCCAAGACAUUGAAGAUGCAAAGUCGGAUGGUGGCAGCCGAGUGCUGAGCACAGGUUUGCCAGCUUACUGCAUUUUCCAAACACUCUUGCGAUCAGCGAAAGCUAAUUCUGCAGGAAUCUUGCUGUGUGACGGUGCAGGCGAAGAUGUUAUCGAACUGACUGUUACGAACAGACCCAAAGAUGUCUUCUUCGAUUGGUUUCUGAAUCCCCUCUUGAUCAUCAAAGACCAGGUCAAAGCUGAAAACCUUACGACCGACGAAGAUGACUAUUUAGGCAAGCUUGUCUUGUUAAGUGGCGAUCCUGCAAGGUUAAGAAAUUCAUCAGUUGGUUCGCCUCCGGAAUCCGAGCUCAAAAGAGCUGAACUUGACGGAUUAGCUCGAAGGCUUCGAGGAAUUACCAAGUCAAUUUCAAGGUAUCCUACUUUUAGGCGUCAUUUCGACAAUCUCGUGGACAUUUUGUCUGAAGAUCUUGCAAAGAAGGAUUUCGGCAGCAAAUCGACUAAAUUCGAGCUGCGAAAGCUUACAAAGUCGAGGAGCCUAUUUGUCGGUUUACUCAGCCAGAAGUCCUUCAAGAGCAAAACAAAGGACACGGGUUCCUGUCAAGAGCCGGAACAGGCCGCUGCGCGAGAUAUCGAAGUGGUGUGACUGCACAUUCUAGGUCUCUACUUCCCUUAAGAUGUACAUCAUCCUUCUGUAAAUUGCUUAUUCUUCUGUCUUUACUUAUUUUGUUCCCACGAUACGAUAUGAAUUUAAGUUUCUGUGUCAUGUAAACCAAAAAGAACAAUCUGUUGUGAUCAAAACAAAAGAGGGGUUUUACAUAUUGAAAGACAUUUUUUUUUCUUCUGUUUAA